AUGGCGGGAACCGGACUUCAACCAUUGAACAUUUUCCUUAUAGUUUUCCCUUUUGUUGUGUCUGCCACUAUCGUGGCUAUCAGGACAUGGAAGAAGAUCAAGGAGCGCCAGUUGGCUAUUGAGGACGUACUUCUUAUUAUUGCUGAGUGCUUUUUGCUAGCCCUCACUGGAACACUAUGGAAACUGGUUGUGGUCUCUUAUGCUGGCUACCACCGAGAAGACAUCCCCAAAGAUGCUAUGAAUAAGGAACAAAUUGCCCUCUGGCGCUACAUUAACAACGCGACAUACAACCAAAUCCUUGGUCUCGUCAAAAUCUCGUUCCUAAUCACGUUGCUAAAGCUACGCUCAACGAAUCGGCUCAUUAUCGCAAGCAUAUGGACUCUGAUUGCCGUGAACAUAGCCUUCAUUUUCGCCGCCUUUCUUGCACACAUCUUCCGAUGCCAGCCCAUCAACAAGUACUGGCAGGAUGUUCCUGGUCAUUGCCAUAACAACACACAAUACAUCUUCGGUGUGAUCGCCGUCACCAUUGCCACGGAUGUUCUUGUGGCAUUGAUUCCAGCAUGGAUACUCUACGAUAUCCGUAUGCCUUCGAAGGUCAAAUUAGAAGUCAUUGUAUUUCUCUCUCUCCCAAUUGCAGUUACGGCAAUCGGCUGCUAUCGACUACAUCGCUUCGUCCUCGUCUUCAGCUUGCCUAAAGGCACACUCGAGGACCCUUACAACGUGAGGAACGCACUUACAAGCGUUGAGGGUAAUCUUGGUGUGAUCGCUGCUUGCGGGCCCACUAUCAAAUGGAUCUUGGUGAGUUACAACGGGUACCCCUGCACGUAA